UGCAGUCCCAGCUGUUCUUGGAACUAAACGGAUAAAAGAAUGCUGCCAUUACUCACCUUGUCUCUCUCGUGAAAAUGUCCAUGUACAUUAGAAACCCGCUUAUCCGUACGUUGCACGCUAAAUUCGAACAUCAGAAAUUAAAUAGUAACAGCGAUCACCCAGAGUGGUAUUCAGUUUGUACUGACUGUUUAACGUCAGAACUACUCACGAAGCUUCAAAAGUCUGAACAAGAUGAGGAAACCUCUGCUUUUCUUUCGAACUGUUUCGAAAAAUCCGAUUGGUUCUUCACGCAUUUCUAUCAUGCUAUUGCAAAGGCUGUUCUCACAUGGUUUAUGACUUCCACUUCGAUUAACGGCCUUCUCCGAAGAGGUUCGAUGUUUGUUUAUUCAUCAAGACAAUUCGCCUCCUUAUUGGACCUGACUGAUGGUACCAAACUGGAGAUGCUGUUGGAUUUGGGUGCAGGCGAUGGCAUGGUGACGGCGAAGAUGGCCCCCUUCUUCGAAUGCGUCUAUGUAACCGAGCUUUCACGGCCGAUGCAGUGGCUGUUGCAGGAACGCAAUUUUAAUAUUAUCGACAUUGACGCCUGGUAUCCAACGGCCGAAAGUGAUAUCUCUUGCAGUUUGCGUUACGAUGUGGUCAGUUGUCUGAAUGUUCUCGAUCGCUGUGACAAACCCCUGACAAUGCUUCGUCAAAUCAAAAGUGUUCUCCGACCAGGCACUGGGCGACUUGUACUUGGCAUUGUUCUACCUUUGAAGCAAUAUGUUGAAGCUACCUCAGAUCACCGCCCCUCCGAAGUCUUAGACGUCCCGACAAGUGCUCAGUGGGAAACACAGUUGAGUGACUUCAUCCUAAAUGUUCUCCGUCCGCUUCACUUUGAUCUCCUGCGGUGGACCCGUCUCCCCUAUUUGUGUGAAGGGGAUUUCAGUCAGUCGUUUUAUUAUCUGAACGAAGUUGUCCUGGUACUCCGAGUGUGUCCCGAAAACGCCACAUCUGCUGACCUUUUCGUGUAAAUCCGUACUCUUUUCUGCCUUCCCUCUCAUUCAAGGUCUCUGUCAUUAUCCAACGCAUCUGGUGCCUUGUAAAUUAAAUGAACCCUGGCCUUUUGGUGUGCAGACUCGGUACGGAUGUUGUACCCCUUAGUCUUUCAUGAUUUUGGGCUUUUUCAACGUUUCUCCUGCGAUGUCCCCUCCCCAGAUGCCUCCAUUCAUUUUAUGCUUGCUUCAGAUGGUGUGGGUGCAUUAUUGCACAUUGUACAACAUCAAUAUAUGAUUGGUUAUCUUCUCCAUUCGCUUUGAAUUGGCCUUUGUGUUUGGGUUGUGGGGCACAAUCCAGCUUGAAAGAAUACUUUACUUCGGUCAUUCUUAUCCUUGAAAUCAUGUC